CAUCAACCCAUCCCUGCCUUUACAUAGGCUAUCCCCCCUCCAGUCCAUCAUGAAUACUGCUGCCAGGCUUAUCCACCUUAUCAGCCGUUCAGUAUCUCUACUACCCUUCUCUCAAUCCCUCCACUGGCCUCCACUCAGUGUCUUCCACCCCUCUCUGCCAACCCCUCCACUGGCCUCCAUUCAGUGUCCUCCCUCUCUCUGCCAAUCCCUCCACUGGCGUUUAUUCAGUGUCAUCCACCCCUCUCUGCCAAUCCCUCCACUGGCCUCCAUUCAGUUUCCUCUAACCCUCUCUGCCAAUCCCUCCACUGGCCUCCAUUCAGUGUCCUCCACCUCUCUCUGCCAAUCCCUCCACUGGCCUCCAUUCAGUGUCCUCCACCUCUCUGCCAAUCCCUCCACUGGCCUCCAUUCAGUGUCCUCCACCCCUCUCUGCCAAUCCCUCCACUGGCCUCCAUUCAGUGUCCUCCACCUCUCUCUGCCAAUCCCU